UUUUACAAAACCCAACAUUAAUUUUGGAGUCAGCCAAAUAUGAUAAAAUUGAAGUAAAAACUGAAAACGUUACUGAAAUAAUCAUGAAAAUAAAGUAAUUAAAUUAAUAUAAGUAUGUAUUGGAAAUAAUUAUAAAGGAUACGUCCACAAACGCCUAAGAAUACAUGUUUCGCCUUGGCCCUCAGGAUGGGAAAUUUACUUUCCGGCAAAUCAGGAGAUGUUACCUCGGUAUCCGUCCAUAGUAUCGGUUCCAGUACAUGCCCCAAUUGUGAUUGUGACUGCGGCCCCUUGGUGUUUAAAGACUUAAAAACCAUAGAGAGACCCGUGGUGCUUAAAGACUGUUCGAACGUAGUGAGACGUAAAUGGAAUAUAAGAGAGGCUCCACAGCUGGGCGUGAACCAAUCUGGGCGACCAGUGACCCCCCACAAAUGCGAUCUUAAAUCACAUGCAGACAAACUUCCAACGCCUAAGCCGUCGGCUUACAGAUUAAGAAGCACAUCUUCGGUUUCCAUUCCGGUCCGGAAGCAAUCCCGGUCGUCGAUCAAAAGCCACAAGUUUGAGAGGGGCUCGUCGUCUACGUCGCGUCAUGAAUCACAGCCCCCGCCGUUCCAGCAAUACAAGAGUCCCACUGUGCCCAGUCGGAGGCCUCAUGUCGUACCCCACAACUGCUUAGACAAGACGCCAAGACCCAAGCGAAGUGACGGUCUGUUGAAAGUGUUGAAACGGCUGCUGUUCGCUUUGUUCCUGAUCGGGGUCGUGGGUGCCAUUGUAGGCCCUAAGCUGCUGCGCAAGGCCAGGAAGAAGUGCGGAGAAAUCAGUCCUUGUAACUCGUAGACAGCCUGUUGAAGUGGUUGCGGUCGCGGUCGUCGCUGGCUGGAGACUGCUCCGUAAGGCACGGAAAAGGUGCGGUCAAGUCCGUCUUUGCAAGACAAAUAGACCAGUAAUAGCUACUUACAACCUUACUUAGUAAAAGAGUGUUACAAGACACCUUAACUAUUUAAAUAUAAAAAAAAAACAGUCUCUUUGCUAUACCUAUCGUUUAGCGAAGAACUCUUAAUUGUGGAGUGGCCUUGGAUUUGGCAGCAGAAGAUAACACUAUACGACAUGUUUUCUUAACUGAAUUGUAACACGUCAACUUUUGACGAUUUCUGUUAGACUAUUUUUCGCAUUUGUUUUUUACACGACAUCUCUUCUAUAAUGAGUAACUGUUUGCUCACAACUACCUAUUAAUAAUAUAAUAAUAAUUCAAUUGUUGGUUUGGGCAGGUGCCCGGACGCCUUUGCAAUAACCCAGUCUCAUUGUCCACCCAAACUUCAAUCCAUAAACCUAGAUACUGUUCACUUUUUCUACAGCCUAUCAAAAGAUCGGGAUUUAUAGGCCCGUGAAAUCCAAGGAGACACAGUUUAUAGACGAGGCGUCCCACUGCUGGGCACAGGACUCCUCGCAUGCGCGAGACAGUUUAAGCUAUUCAAUUAAAAAAAAAAAUUCGCACUAAUGCCAUUUAAAUACACUUAAUAACAAUGAAAAAGGUUAUUAGGAACUUUGCAUAAAGUGACCUGUUUCUGUUGCUAAGUGUACAAUAUAUUGUAUUUAUCUUUAAAAUUAAGUGCUUAAUGCAUAUUUAAGUAUAUGGAUAUUUAUAAAACUAUUUAUUGUCACAAUCUGUUUAUUAAAUCAUUUCUGAUCAUUCUAA